GUUGGAACACAAGAUUCUUGAAAUGGAAGAAAGGCAUAAAGAGGAACUAGAUACAUUAAAAGAGGAAAAGGGGACCCUGCAAGUUUUGGUGUCUCGUCAAAGCUACAUUAUCCAAGAACUUGAGAGGCAACUAAGUAAAGCAACAACCAAUAACAGCAUUAUGCAGAAGCAACAACUUGAACUCAUGGACACAGUCCAUAGCCUGGUCAGCAUUUGUUCCAAAGAUGGAGUUUUGCUAAAGAAUGCAAAAAAGGAAGAGGAGAAGCCAUUCAGAGACUGCGCAGAUGCUUAUCAAGCUGGUUUUAAUAAAAGCGGUGUCUACACAAUUUAUGUUACUAACAUAUCAGAACCUAAAAAGGUUUUUUGCAACAUGGAGACUGCAGGAGGAGGCUGGACAGUAAUACAACACCGAGAAGAUGGGAGCCUAGAUUUCCAAAAAAGUUGGAAAGAAUACAAAAUGGGUUUUGGUAGUCCCUCUGGUGAAUAUUGGCUGGGAAAUGAAUUUAUCUUUGCAAUAACCACCAGUCAAAAACAUUACUCUCUAAGAAUUGAACUAAUGGAUUGGGAAGGAAGUAGAGCUUAUUCACAAUAUGAUAGAUUUUACAUAGGAAAUGAAAAACAGAAUUACAGGCUGUAUCUCAAGGGUCAUUCUGGAACAGCAGGGAAACAAAGCAGUCUGAUAUUACAUGGUGCUGACUUUAGUACCAAAGAUGCUGACAAUGACAAUUGUAUGUGCAAAUGUGCUCUUAUGCUAACGGGAGGUUGGUGGUUUGAUGCCUGUGGCCCUUCCAAUCUCAAUGGAAUGUUUUAUUCAGCUGGACAACACCAUGGAAAAAUAAAUGGGAUCAAAUGGCAUUACUUCAAAGGUCCAAGUUAUUCAUUACGUUCCACAACUAUGAUGAUCCGUCCCUUGGACUUUUAAAGAGGCAAUAAGAUAGUAGCCAUCUGAAGGACACCUUAUGUAAUCUUUAGAAGCAGAAGAUUGAAACUCCAUAAAAAUUCCAACAUCCUAGCUGUCUUCGGAUCUUAUUUCAUUGGCUGCAGUAAACGAACACAAGUUGCUGCCCAACCCAGGAACAGGUGAAAGUGUGGAUUAUGAACAAUAUAAAAUAGCUUUUGUGGCUA